CCGGGCGGAAGACACACUUAGUCUCCGGAGGUGGAAUUGGGCUGUUUGCUGAAGCAUCUUCUUGUGGCAGCCAGGGAGAAAUUUACAUUUGACUUUUUCUUACCAUGGCUUUGGUUCAUAAAUUGCUAAAUGGCACUUAUAUUCUUAGAAGAUGCUCGAAGUCAAGUGCUGCCUUGCAUCCAUUUUUGGGUUUUCGCUUUGCUGACUAUUGCUCCAGUAGUCUUCAGAAACCAGUGGCUUCUCCUGGCAAAGCCUCCUCACAAAAGAAGAAUGAAGGGGGUUUGCAAGGACAUCACCAGAAGGACGUUGCUUUGGAUAUAACUUCUUCUGCAGAUCAGCCAGAAGUUAGUUUUGAUAAAGCAAUAAGAGAAGAAAUAAAGGACCAUUUUAGGCGUUUGAAGGAUGAGAUUGUGAAUCAUUGGAUAGGGCCGGAAGGCCGCCCUCUGCAUGAGGUCUUGCUGGAACAAGCCAAAGUUGUCUGGCAGUUCCGUGGGAAAGAAGAUUUGGAUAAGUGGAUAGUGACUUCUGAUAAGACAAUUGGAGGCAGAAGUGAAGUAUUCUUGAAAAUGGGCAAGAAUAACCAAAGUGCACUGCUGUAUGGAACUCUGAGCUCUGAGGCACCUCAGGAUGGGGAAAGCAGCCAAAGUGGGUACUGUGCGAUGAUAUCCAGGAUUCCCAGGGGCUCUUUUGAGAGGAAGAAGUCUUAUGAUUGGUCCCAGUUCAAUACUCUGUAUCUCCGUGUCCGUGGGGAUGGCCGGCCUUGGAUGGUGAAUAUCAGGGAGGACACGGAUCUAAUCCAGAGAAAGAAUCAGAUGUACAGUUACUUCAUGUUCACCCGUGGGGGGCCCUACUGGCAGGAGGUCAAGAUUCCUUUUUCCAAAUUUUUCUUCUCAAAUCAAGGAAGAAUCCGGGAUGUUCAGUGUCAGCUUCUGCUUGACAAGAUCUCUUCUAUAGGACUCACCUUGGCUGAUAAAGUAGAUGGUCCAUUCUUCCUGGAAAUAGAUUUUAUUGGAAUAUUUACUGAUCCAGCCCACACAGAAGAAUUUGCCUAUGAAAAUUCUCCAGAACUUAACCCAAGUCUUUUUAAAUAAAGAAGAUUAUGUGGUAGUUUUGUUUUACUAAACUAAGAGUAAUAGCAUCCUUGAUGAUACAGACAAAAUAUUUCUUUAAUAGCAUCUAACCA